UCGUGCCUCCGUGGGGCUGUGGGUGCGUAUGGCAGGGAUGGUCCAACAGUGACUGUUGUGCUGCUGUUUUUCCCAAUGUCACAGGGAUUCCCAUGGGUCCGGCUGGGGCAUAGUGGAGCAGCGGCAGCCUCUGGAGCCCCCCAGCACCCCCGGGUGUGAUCCUGGGAAGCUGCGACUGAUGGAGGAUGCUGAGGGCUGGCAGCCCCGCACCGGGACCUCCCAGUCCCGCUCCUUCCGCAAACUGGCCCAGCUGACGGGCACAGAUGGCAUGGAGGAUGGCGAGGAUGAGGUUGUUAAAAAGCCCAGGGAUUCCCACGGGUCCAGCUGGGGCACGGUGGAGCAGCGACAGCCCCCGCAGCCUCUGGAGCCCCCCAGCACCCCCGGGUGCAACCCCGGGAAGCUGCGACUGAUGGAGGAUGCUGAGGACUGGCAGCCCCGCACCGGGACCUCGCAGUCCCGCUCCUUCCUCAAACUGGCCCAGCUGACGGGCACAGACAGCAGCAGUGAGUUCCCACAGGGCCUGGCACUGCCUGGGGGUGCUGCACUCUCCCUGUGCUGCCAGGGUCCAGCAAAGUCUGGAGUGUUGGAUUUGGCCCCAUGUGAUCCCUGUGGGGUGGUUGUGUCUGUGGGAGCUGCCUGGGGCUGUGCGUGGUCUCAUGAUGGUAACAUUGGUCUGGGGUUGUGGUCUGCCCUGUGGCCAGGCAGGGCUUUGUUUUGGGGCAGGGGUUGCUGGGAGGAGAGAUUGGUUUUCCUCUUUUCCCUUUUCCCUUCUUGAUGUGCCCGAGCCUCUUUCUGUGAGGACUGACUGUUUCCUCCUUUCUCUCCUGCUGCGCUCAGUGG